CUGAAAUGGUUUCUCCCUGCAUAUAAACCUCGAAGCUCGUCUCAGUAUAACAGAUUGUACUCUGCGCUACGAUAGGAUAGAACAGGAGAUACUACUAUGGACAAGAGCACUUUAGAGGAUGGACAGAUGAAUGUUGCUGUUGACUGGAAUCAGCAAUAAAAUGCUGCCUUGGAAGAAGAAUAAGUUCGACCUGAUUGAGGAAGACAAGCAGUCUAAGCAGAAGGGCUAUGCGGUGAGUCUCAACUAUUCUGCGCUCACAUCCUUCGCCAAGUCCUGCCCCGAGAGCGCGCUCAACAGGGUGGGCAGCAUGUUCAAGUCAAAGAGGAAAAAGGUGAAGAUCACAAGCGAGGACCCCACGUACACGGUGCUCUACUUGGGGAACGCCACCACCAUCCAGUCCAAGGGGGACGGCUGCACUGACGUGGCGGUGAGCAAGAUCUGGGGCAAAAGCGAGAUGGGCAAGAACGGCACCAAGAUGAGACUGACCAUCAGCUCGCAGGGCAUCCGGAUGGUGCAUGUGGACGACAAGGCCAGGAGGCCGGGACACUUGUACCUACUGCACCGGAUAACCUACUGCGUCGCGGACCCGAGGCUGCCCAAGAUUUUCGCUUGGAUUUACAGGCACGAGAUGAAGCACAAGGCCGUGAUGCUGCGCUGCCACGCAGUGCUGGUGUCCAAGCCGGAGAAGGCAAAAGCCAUGGCGUUGCUUCUGUACCAGACCUCGGCCACAGCCCUGGCCGAGUUCAGAAGACUAAAACGUAGAGACGAUGCCAGGCACCAGCAGCAGCAACUCAUAGGGGAACAAACCAUCCCGCUGGUUCCCCUCAGGAAGCUGCUGAACGGACAGUGUUACUACAAACCUCCGGUGGAGCGCAGCCGGAGCGCGCCCAAGCUGGGCUCCAUCACAGAGGACUUGGUCGGGGAGGAGGAGGAGGAGAAAGCGAUGCACUUUGAAUGUGAGGACAUUCUGGACACGGACGAUGAUUGUGUUGCCAACGGCAAACGGGAGUUGACUCAGAUUAUUAAUGACUUGGGAGAAAUGAGCAUAGGGAACGAUGUGCAGACACUGAAAGCUGACCUCAGAGUCACCAGGCUUCUCUCUGGAGAGAGCACGGGGAGUGAAUCCUCCAUAGAGAGCAACCAGGAGCCCCCUCCGCUCACUAAUGGGUUUGAGGAGGUAAAGGUGCAGGAAAUUGCCUGAAUAAUUUUAGGCAUUUCUGGGCUCCUCUGACGCGUUGUUUUGUUGAGCCACGAUGUCUCCACAAGAAACAUUUCCUCUGUCGUCAACCAGAGUGUUUGUCUAAUCUGUGCCUCCACGACUAAUUGAGAAGAUCCAGAAAAGAUCCUCUGAGGUUCUGGGGACAAUUACCGCACACGGACACGCAAUUAGGCAACUGAAUGAUAUUAUAAGAUUGUGUAAACACAGAAAAAUGGAAAAACAAGUGCAUGCCCGUUUGAGAGAUGACUGGUUGAACCGACAAAAUCCCAGUGCGCCUCAGGACGCACGGCACUAAUUCCAUCUCUUUUAUUUAAGAGGAUUUGUUGUAGCCUCAAGCUUGUUUACCUAACGUUUUUUUCUUGGCAUUUUUCUGUUGAAAAAUGUUCAUUAUGAUAAUGUUUUAAAAGUUGUUUUUAAAGCACGUUUUGUUUCGUUUUGUUUUUUUUCCCCUAAGUGGUUCAGUGGGUCUAAACAGGCAUCCUUAAUUUCCCUGUCAGGGUGCUAUUGUAACAGCCUGUUCAUUUACUUUUUAUUUUGCACUGUUGUGGAUGUCAUUCAAGUAUUAUGUUGACUACAUGUAUAUAAUAUGUUUGUUGGUAUGUUGUCUGAAACAUAAAUGUCAUAUCUUUGCUGUGCAAAAGAAAAAAAAACACUUCUACGUAUUAUGAUGUAAAAUAAGAUGUUUUAAGUAUAAA